AUGAGUAGCCAGGUAUUCAGGAGCGACCGUAUUCCAAUGCGUUUUUUCAUAGCGCCCAUUUCUUCUUCCGGGAUCUCGUCAAGGUUCCUUCCCUUUUCCAUCUCCUCCUCGACAUUUUUUCAAAUUUCUCCUUUUCAUCAUCGUAUUUUUCACAACGAGGGGCCAAAUCCCGAUCACCUUGUAUCGUCGUCGUCUCAGCGCACGGGAUUGGCUUCCACCUCGAAUGGGUCAACGAAGGACGACGAAGGGGGGCGGCAUUCGCGCGAUGCGUCCUUUAAUCCCCACAGCCCCUCCCGUCGUGGCUUCCACGACGCCGUGGAGGGGAAUUCAACCCCCGCCAGGAGGGCCCCGCCGCCGCCCUUCUCCUACCAACGCCGGCGCCCCAUCACCACCGCCCUGGCACCUGAGGAGGCGCGUGACUCGGCUAGUCCAAUGUGGGGCCCCCAUAGUCCCCGUGGGACUUCUUCUUCUCCUCUUAAUAACAGGGACGACAAUUAUAGGGAUAGGAGGGAGACGCACUAUUCCGGUAGUCCUAACAGGGGUCAGAGGGAAAUGCCCUGUAACAGCCCUGAGGUCCAUUAUUCCGGUAGUCCUAACAGGGGUCACAGGGAAAUGCCUUGUAACAGCCCUGAGGUCCAUUAUUCCGGUAGUCCUAACAGGGGUCAGAGGGAAAUGCCCUGUAACAGCCCUGAGGUCCAUUAUUCCAGUAGUCCUAACAGGGAUUCCAGGGAAAUGCCUUGUAACAGCCCUGAAGUCCAUUCACCCGCUAGUUCUACUCCUUUUAGCAGUCCUCGCGUUAGGGGCCCUCGACGCUCUCCUUUUCCCACCGCGGGGGUUCUUCGGGUGGAUUCGAGCCGCCAGACGGUGGAGUUGAACGCGACCCAGCGCGACCUCGUUUGGCAGGCCCGCCGGGCGGACUAUCAAACUACGUUGAUCCGCAUCGUCGGCGUCCUGCAGGCGCACCGGACGGGGGCGGAGAAACUCCACGUCCUGCGGGCCCUUCAUGAGGAUGAGGUCAUCCGGCGGCGUUUGCGACUUCGCCAGGACACCUAUGAGGAGAUUUUUCAUCUUUUCUACGCCGUCGCCAUGCAGGCGAGCGGGGUCCCGCCGGGUCAUUUAAAUGAAAGCGCCCUCCCCGUAAGGGGCUGCGUGCGGUGGGAGGAGGAGUGGAGAGGGGGGCCCGCGGGGGCAGGGGGCGUCCACGAAUUCGCGACGCCGCUCACCACCGCGCUGGCGAUACUUUCCCCGCAUUGGAUUCAACAACUCUGGCGGAUGUAUCGCUAUCAGGUCGAUAGCGGGACCACCCCUUCGACGCAUUGUAUUCAGCACAUAAUGGGGAUCCUUGAGCACGCGGUGCGGCAUCGUCAGGUGGGUCCUCCGGGCCCCAAACGCCCUGACGCCUUAACCCGCUCGUCUUUUUCUUCACUUUCGACUUCCUCGACGUUCUCGACGGUGCUUUUGGAGGCCAAGGCGCAUUCCCUGAUGAUGGAUCUCGCCCGCUUUCACCUGACCCCGACGGAGUUCACCAUCAAUUCCUACAUCGCCAUUUGCGGGGGCUGUGGUGGGAUGCACCUCGCCGUCGCCGCCUUCGCCGAUUACCAAUCCCGCCAUCAACGCCAACCCUCCGCGCGGACGUACGCGAUGUUGAUUCAACAUCUUUUGCGGAAUUCCCACUACAAAGAGGCCAUUUCCGCCAUCUCCACCAUGCAAAACGUCCCGAUGACAACGGCGUUGUUGAAUGCCGUCCUGCAGGCCGCGCGAUUUUCGACCGACCCCGCGUCGGUUUUUACGUUCUACCGCGCGAUCAUUCAGGGGGGCAAACGAUCGAAACCGCGCGUGUCGUUUUCGUCCUCGUUGGGGAUUUGCCCCGAUCUGGCGACCUUUUCCAUCCUCCUGGAGGGGAUUCAACAGGAUCUGCAAAGCCACCUUGAAACGAACCACAACAAUACGAAGACGGGUCACAAUUCCGCUUCCCACGCUGCGAAGGACCGGCUGAAAAAUUCCAACCACCGGCUCGAUUUUGUGCUGGCGGAGAUGCGCGCGUUUUGUGUGCGGGGGAAUGGGCAGUUUUUGAAUAAAUUAUUGCGCGUGUUUCUAAAUCUCCGCCGCUUUAGUCAGGCAAAGGCGCUACGCUCGGCGAUGAAAGCCAAACAUGUGCUCAUAUUUGACGAACUACAUGAGCGAAACGAGGAAAGGGAGGCCGAGUGUUCAACGCACAAAAGACUGGAAACGUAG